ACUAGGGACAAAAAAAAAAAAAAAUCUAGUCCCCGCCUUUGGAGAGGACGUUAGCCAAUGGGAGGCGGCGCAGCCACACCCAGGGGAGGACGUUGACCAAUCAGAGGCGAGCUUUGACAGAAACGUUCGCUGUGUUACAUUCUUGCGCUCCGCCAGAUUGGAGAUUACACGUAGUGAGUGCAGUGCUCCGCGCCACACAGAGAAUCUAACGGACAGCUCGGCCGCACCUGACCAUGGCGUAUCCCGGAUAUGGAGGACCGUACGGAAACAUGAACCCACAAAUGGCAAUGAUGGCCCAGAAUGUACAUGGCGGCUUCUACGGACAGCCUCAGUAUGCCGCAAGUGAUCCAAUGUGGCAGUACUUCACCGCUGUGGCCGGCCAGGAUGGUGAAAUCGAUGCUGAAGAACUACAGAGAUGUCUAACACAGGCCGGAAUCCAUGGGACUUAUACACCAUUUAGCCUGGACACCUGUCGGAUUAUGAUUGCCAUGUUGGAUAUUGACCAUACUGGCAAAAUGGGGUUCAAUGAAUUCAAAGAUCUGUGGGGUGCGUUGAAUGCCUGGAAACAAAACUUCUGUGCAGUAGAUCGGGACCGAAGCGGAACCGUGGAGCCUCAUGAGAUGAACCAGGCUAUUCUGUCUAUGGGAUACAGAUUAAACCCAGCAACUCUGAAUGCUAUAGUGAAGCGUUACAGUAGGAACGGCAGGAUAUACUUUGAUGACUAUGUUGCCUGCUGCGUCAAGCUCCGCGCUCUAACAGAGACCUUCAGGCGAAGAGACAGCAUGCAGCAAGGAAUAGUGAACUUCAUGUAUGAUGAUUUUUUGCAGUCCACCAUGUCCAUCUGAAUCAAGAACGUCAAACCCAAAACCCAACAUGUGAACGCGACUAGGAAGGAACCAAGUGUAUCUAUUGUAUAAUUCAGUAGCUCUGUUUUAUCAAUCAAGCCAAUUCCAUACACAUGACUAAAGUGCUGAAGCCUAAUGCAUUAACUUAUUUUGUAUUUGUAUACUAGGACACAGGGAUCGCUGUAAAAAAACGUAAUGUCAUAUAAAGUGCCUGCUUGUAAUACAUUAUGCAACCAAUGUAGUUAUCAUGUUAGAAGGGAAAUCGCAUCAGUUGUCGGCCCCCAUCCCCCUCCUUUUUACUAUUCGGGGUGUGUAUCUUAUUUUUUUAUUUUUAUUUUUUGCAUGUAUUCAGAGAGAUUUACAACAAUGCAAUGUAACAAAAUUUAAAAAAUUUGAUUAUUCUUUUUUUCUUGCAGAAUUUAAACUGCUGUUUAUUUUUAAUUUUUUUGCCAAAUAAGUAAUGUGUAAAAUAAAAUAAAUAAAUAAAUCUGGUCUCAAUUGUGAAGCUAAAUGAAAACAAAAAAACGGUGUUGCCAACAGCAACCAAUUGGGGCUCAGCUUCUAUUUCUUUGGAGUUAUUCAGGAUAAAAAAAACUGCUGCUUACUUUUAAUAAACAGCGCCACCCUUUGUCCUCAGGGUGUUUGUGGUAUUGCAACUCAGCACCGUUCAUUGCAAUGGAACUGAGCUGCAAUACCCCACACAACCUGAGCACAAGAGUGUCGCUAGUUCAGGAAGAAUGCAGCUAGGAUUUUCUAAUCCAGGUUAACUUUUCAAACCAUUGUCCCCCCAACCAGUGUGCUUCCAGAUGUUGCAAAACUACAACUCCCAGCAUGCCCGGACAGCAUGCUGGGAGUUGUAGUUUUGCAACAGCUGGGGCCACACUGGUUCGGAGACACUGCUUUAAAGUAAAUGUGGUAGCCAUAUUGGUUGGCAAUCGCCUAAACAGUGACUAUUAGAGAUAAGCGAACUUACCGUAAAUUUGAUUCGUCACAAACUUCUCGGCUCGGCAGUUG